AUGCCGGUCGAGCGGCCCCCCUUCGGAAGCCCCCCGAUCAUGCCGAAAACUAUGCUUUGAAGCAAUGUACAAGACAUUGAACCUUCUCGUCUUCGCGACAACAUUACCUGAAAGGCCUCCUACAUUCAGACUAGAUACACCGGUAGAUUGAAAUGUCUAUCAAGACACUAGAUUCUCCGGAAAAGUUGAAGGCAUCUCUGGAAACCUUCAAGUUCACCUCCCCGCUACGACGUUCGGCGAGAAACCAUUCGUCAGUGAAGCAGGAGCCAGAUGUGGAAGAAUCACUCUCCACAUCUGACAAUUGGACUGUUCUGACAACAUCAGGUCUCCCGGAAAUAAAACAAGACAUUGAGCCAUUACUUUCCCUGACCAUUCCAAGUACACCUCGCAAACGGAAACUCAAGCAAGAAUCGGCAGGCUCUUCCCCUAGAGCAAAGAAGCCCAAGCGCGGCUUCGCACCUCCUGAGCAAUAUGCUCAUUUAAACUUCUUACAAGAUUAUCUAAAGGAGAACCUUGACGUGAUGUUCUGUGGCGUCAAUCCAGGAUGUAUGUCGGCAAAAGUGGGACACCAUUUUGCCAAUCCUACCAAUCACUUCUGGCGGUGUCUCCAUCGAUCAGAACUCACUGAUCGACUUCUUCCUGCGGCCGAAGAUUUCACUCUGCCACAGGCGUACAACCUUGGCCUUACCAACCUAGUCGAUCGACCUUCAGCUGAGCAAGCAGAGCUGUCGAAACAAGACAUGAUCUUUGGUGUUCCCGUCCUGCUAUCGAAGAUCGCCCGUUUUCGCCCGCGAAUCAUCACAUUCGUAGGGAAGGGUAUAUGGGAAGUCUUCAUCAAGGAAGCUUCAAAACUCAUCCCUGUCUUGGAAUCCACUCAAGAUGACGAAACAAGUGCGAGUUCUGGGUCUACAACACCUAUAACCGACGAUGGAGAUUCAGCAACGGCGGACAAGUUGCCGUCUAAGCAACGGCAAACUACAAAGCGCAAAGGGAAGUCGAAAGGCAAGAAAAGCAAGAAGUCGACCUUUGACUGGGGUAUCCAACCGUACAAAGCCGUACACGGGACUGCAUAUGAGGUCACUGAGACGCUGUUUUUCGUCAUGCCUAGCACUUCGGGUCGAGUUGUGAGCCACCAGCUCAACGACAAAGUUAAGAUCUUUGCAGCUCUCCGUGAUCGGAUUGUUGAGGCAAAGAAUGCCUCAAUCGAAACCUCUGCCAUGAAAGUCAUUCCUCUCCCGAAUCCGAAACAGUGAUAUCUUGUCAUUCCUACCCUUGCUUUAUGCUCAAUUCAUUAGAACCCCGGAUGCUAUAUAUCUUACAAAGCCUAUCUUAGCUCUCCGUUCUUGUUGUCUCGUAUUCUUGGUUUUGAUGCUCUUACUGCUCUUACUGCUUGCACAUCUUACGUUGUUUCUAAAUAUAUUGUCGUUAUAUUUGGGCUUCCAAGGCAGGAGAUACGUUUCUGAUAUAACUUAUCCCGUCAGGCGUGAAUCAGUUGCUGGCCUUGGUCAUAUCUCGAGUCACGAAGAACGUAGCAAGAUUUAAAAAAUGUCGUACACUGGCUAAUAGUACAUGUAUAAACCAUUCGGUG